CUCUGGGCGCUGCUGGGCUGCGGCGGCGGCGGCGGCGGCGGCGGCGGCGGUUACUAUGGCGGAGUCGGCCGGAGCCUCCUCCUUCUUCCCCCUCGUCGUCCUCCUGCUCGCUGCCAGCGGCGGCUCCGGGCCGCGGGGGAUCCAGGCUCUUCUCUGUGCCUGUACCAGCUGUCUCCAGGCCAACUACACAUGUGAGACAGAUGGAGCCUGCAUGGUCUCUAUCUUCAACCUGGAUGGGCUGGAGCACCACGUGCGCACCUGCAUCCCCAAAGUGGAGUUGGUCCCUGCAGGGAAGCCCUUCUACUGCCUGAGCUCAGAGGACCUGCGCAAUACCCAUUGCUGCUAUACCGACUACUGCAACAAGAUCGACCUGAGGGUGCCCAGUGGUCACCCCAAGGAGUCUGAGCACCCUUCCAUGUGGGGCCCCGUGGAGCUGGUUGGCAUUAUUGCUGGACCAGUGUUCCUCCUCUUUCUCAUCAUCAUCAUUGUUUUCCUUGUCAUUAACUAUCAUCAGCGUGUCUACCACAACCGCCAGCGACUGGACAUGGAGGAUCCUUCAUGUGAAAUGUGCCUCUCCAAAGAUAAGACACUUCAGGAUCUGGUCUACGAUCUCUCUACUUCAGGGUCUGGCUCAGGGUUGCCCCUUUUUGUCCAGCGCACAGUGGCCCGAACCAUUGUCUUACAGGAGAUUAUUGGCAAAGGCCGGUUUGGAGAAGUGUGGCGUGGCCGCUGGAGGGGUGGCGAUGUGGCAGUGAAGAUUUUCUCCUCUCGAGAAGAACGGUCCUGGUUUCGUGAAGCAGAGAUAUACCAGACGGUCAUGCUGCGCCAUGAAAACAUUCUUGGGUUUAUUGCUGCUGACAAUAAAGAUAACGGCACCUGGACACAGCUGUGGCUUGUCUCGGACUAUCAUGAGCACGGCUCCCUGUUCGAUUACCUUAACCGAUACACGGUGACGAUCGAGGGAAUGAUUAAGCUGGCCUUGUCUGCUGCCAGUGGGCUGGCCCACCUGCACAUGGAGAUUGUGGGUACUCAGGGGAAACCUGGAAUUGCUCAUCGAGACUUGAAGUCCAAGAACAUUCUGGUGAAGAAAAACGGCAUGUGUGCCAUCGCAGACCUGGGCCUGGCUGUGCGUCACGAUGCUGUCACAGACACCAUUGACAUUGCCCCCAACCAGAGGGUGGGAACCAAACGGUACAUGGCCCCUGAGGUGCUUGAUGAGACCAUUAACAUGAAGCACUUUGACUCCUUCAAGUGUGCGGACAUCUAUGCCCUGGGGCUUGUGUACUGGGAGAUUGCUCGAAGGUGCAACUCUGGAGGAGUCCACGAAGAAUAUCAACUGCCAUAUUAUGACUUAGUGCCCUCUGACCCUUCCAUUGAAGAAAUGCGAAAGGUCGUGUGUGACCAGAAGCUUCGUCCUAACAUCCCCAACUGGUGGCAGAGUUAUGAGGCAUUACGGGUGAUGGGGAAGAUGAUGCGGGAGUGUUGGUACGCCAAUGGUGCAGCUCGCCUCACUGCUCUGCGCAUUAAGAAGACUCUGUCCCAACUCAGCGUGCAGGAAGAUGUGAAGAUCUAAACUGCUUCCUCCCCUCCAAGUAACCCUGGGCGGCGAGAACCACAGAGCUGCCAUGUUGAGAGUACGAUGGAGGCCUACCUCUCGUUUCUGCCCAGCCCUCUGGCCAGGAGCCCUGGCCUGCAAGAGGGACAGAGUCCGGGACACUCGCUCACUCCCAGGUUGGGUUUGAGACACAGACACCUUUUCUAUUUACCUCCUAAAGGCAUGGAGACUCUGAGAGCCAAUGGUGUAGAGAACUCAAUGCCGUGACUUGAACUGGUGGGAGUGGGGAGUCCCGCAGAACCCGGCGCAUCUGACACCUAACCAGGCAUGGUGAUGGUGAUGGCGGCGGCGGCCCCGGAGGCCCAGAGAAACCAGGUGUCACCAGUGCUAAGCAGCACUGAGGUUUUUCCUCCAGGGACCAACCCAGCACACUGAGGGGCCCUGAGGACCCAGGCAGACAGCCCGUCUCUAGGCAGCUGUGCUCCCUCCCACCUCAUACGGACAUCUGGAGGGACUGCCCUGGGGACAGUUGGCGCCUGUCUGUCCGACCAUGUGUGCAUGUGUUGAGGUGCGUUCCAGUUGUGCCUGCUCCGUGCCCCGCCCUUCAUGUGUGUGUGCGCGUGUGUGCGUGUGUGUCUGUUGGUGUGCAUUUAACCUGCUUGAGCUUCCUGUGCAUGUACAGGGCGGGGGUGGUCAUCGUGCUGUCUGUGUGUGCUGGUGCCUCUGGUCAAAAGUGAGCAGCGUCUGUGUGCUCCAAAGCCCUCCUCAGGGGCCCACCCCAGCCCCAUGCCACGGUGGUACUCCCUUUCCAGCAGGCCACCCAGCCCUCUGCCCCGUGUCCAUGCAGCUCCCCUCCACCUCGGACUGGAACUGAAGUUGGCCCAGUUGGCCACUGCAGCCAAGGCUUUGCUCUGGGUCCCUGUGGAGGAAGAGAGGUGGGAAAGACAGGGCAGGAAUCAUGGCAGCUGCCUUGAGUCUUGUGGUCAGUGACAGUGUGGUAAAUGAGCUGCCCCAAGGGCACUGUCCUCCACAGCAUCAGGGAAGGACCGAGGGAUUUGAAGCCCAGAUCUUGGGACUCCAGUUGGAAUGUCACAUCUGUCUUUCAUAUCCCAGAUUCUGGAAUCAGCAGUGUAUA